CACCGAUUUCGGGCGAUUUUUUGGAAAGGUCGUUUUCCUUGGAUUUUGAAGGCGACGGAUCACAGAUUCGUCCUUAGGGUACUCUCUACAAAUGAUGAAGUCUACUAAUCGCCAAUUUGGGCAGAAAUUUGGUCGAACUUUUUUGGGGGGCAUUUUCGUAAUUUUUCGGCGAUAUUUUGGAAAGGCCGUUUUGCUUUGAUUUUGAAGGCUACGGAUCACGAAUUCAGCCUGAGGCUAUUCUUUAGGGAUGAAUAAUUCGAUUAAAUAUCUAUUCGGGCGGAGUACCAUCACCGAUUUCGGGCAAUUUUUUGGAAAGGCCGUUUUCCUUUGAUUUUGAAGGCGACGGAUCAAAGAUUCGUCCUUAGGGUACUCUCUACCAAUGAUGAAGUCUACUAAUCGCCGAUUUGGGCAGAAAUUUGGUCGAACUUUUUUGGGGGGCAUUUUCAUAAUUUUUAGGCGAUAUUUUGGAAAGGCCGUUUUGCUUUGAUUUUGAAGGCUACGGAUCACGAAUUCAGCCUGAGGAUAUUCUUUAGCGAUGAAUAAGUCUAUUAACCAUUGAUUCGGGCGGAAUAUUUCCGGGGCCAUUUUUGGCAGAUUCCAAAGGGGUACCAUUACCGAUUUCGGGCGAUUUUUUGGAAAGGCCGUUUUCCUUGGAUUUUGAAGGCGACGGAUCACAGAUUCGUCCUUAGGGUACUCUCUACCAAUGAUGAAGUCUACUAAUCGCCGAUUUGGGCAGAAUUUGGUCGAACUUGUUUGGGGGACAUUUUCGUAGUUUUUCGGCGAUAUCUUGGAAAGGCCGUUUUGCUUUGAUUUUGAAGGCUACGGAUCACUAAUUCAGCAUGAGGCUAUUCUUUAGGGAUGAAUAAGUCUAUUAAACAUCGAUUCGGGUGGAAUAUUUUCGGGGCUAUUUUUGGCAGAUUCCAAAGGGGUAUCAUCACCGAUUUCGGGCUAUUUUUUGGAAAGGUCAUUUUCCUUGGAUUUUGAAGGCGACGGAUCAUAGAUUCGUCCUUAGGGUACUCUCUACCAAUGAUGAAGUCUACUAAUCGCCAAUUUGGGCAGAAAUUUGGUCGAACUUUUUGGGGGGCAUUUUCUUAAUUUUUUUGCGGUAUUUUGGAAAGGCCGUUUUGCUUUGAUUUUGAAGGCUACGGAUCACAAAUUCAGCCUGAGGCUAUUCUUUAGGGAUGAAUAAGUCUAUUAAACAUCGAUUCGAGCGGAAUAUUUCCGGGGCCAUUUUUGGCAGAUUCCAAAGGGGUACCAUCACCGAUUUCGGGCGAUUUUUUGGAAAGGCCGUUUUCCUUGGAUUUUGAAGGCGACGGAUCACAGAUUCGUCCUUAGGGUACUCUCUACCAAUGAUGAAGUCUACUAAUCGCCGAUUUGGGCAGAAAUUUGGUCGAACUUUUUUGGGGGGCAUUUUCGUAAUUUUUUUGGCGAUAUUUUGGAAAGGUCGUUUUGUUUUGAUUUUGAAGGCUACGGAUCAUGAAUUUAGCCUGAGGCUAUUCUGUAGGGAUGCAAAAAACAUUAAAUUUAGGUACUAAAUCUAAAGAUAUAUUAAGUUUAUGUACCAAACUGUAAUAUUCAUAUGGGUAUUGGUAUAAAGCAAAAUCCAUGUAUUAAAAACCCAACCCAAAUAAAUGAGUAUGAGUACAAACCCAUCAAACUCUACCCAUAUAUCUUAUAUUUGGAUUUCAUACCUAACCCAACUGGGUUACCGGUUAUAUAGCAAAAAACCCAUGGUAUGGGUAAAUUUUGUAUCCCUACAUACCACAUGGGAGCAAGAAGAUGAACGAGAGCCAAAAUCUCCGGCCAGAAGUGGGGAUUCCCCAUCCGGGGAUUUCAAGGAGUACCCCGGGGAUGCGGGCAAGAAGGGUUCCCCAGGGCAGUAGGUGCGAUCCCCGCCUAGAGAUUUGAAGACCCAACCUGAGGAUCGGGGCUGACGAGUUGCAGAUACAUGGUUGGUUUAUGAUUUCUUUCCUUUUAUGUAUCUGGGUGAGUUUGUUGUUUCCCUAGCCUAUAUAAGGGUUAAAAAACAACUUUCAUGUCAUAGAUUGGAGACUUUAAUUUAUUGUUCAUUGAGUUUUUGGCUUGUGAAUUUUGCUCUCGUCGUUGAUGGACUCCAAUCGCGUUGAGCGUGUCUCUCAUCAAUCAAGCAUUCCCCAUGAUUGUGGUAGAGCUUCUACCCUUGUAUUGAUAGAGCCUUCUCUGAGGUGUGAGAUUGCACUUCAAUUCCGCCUAUCCCUAGUUUGUAUUCCUGUUCUUGGUUGUGCUACUUUGAUAACUACGGAUACUGGUUCCAUGCUAGUAUCAAGUAGUAUCAGACAUCUCGUUCAACACAGUGGCGGAGAAGAUAUCAAAGGUACAAACCAUGGAGCCAAAUCUUGCAGAUGCCAUAAAACAGCUAGCAACACAUAUGGAUCUUAUGGGAGCCUUGCUUCAAACCAUGACUGACCAGAGUUUGAGUUCGUGUUCUCCGGUGCAACAGAGUUCGAGUUCUGAGGAAGACAACGUUGAGCUAGAGGACGAAUCGAAUGAUGCCACCGCUUCUGGAGAGUUUCUUGAAGGCAAAAGAGUGGUCUCUCCAACACGAGGCACUCCAAAUCAAAAGAAACUCUAAGGGAGUGAAUCAUCGACCAACGUUCCAAAAUCGCAGAAGGAAGAUGAAGAUUUCUACUAUAACUGCAGCCCUACGGGCUUCAUAUUCAUAAUUUUUUAGGUCACAGUGGAAAAGGAACGUAUGGUCUAUCUCAAUCCUUUUUAUGACUAUUGUGAUGAUGAUUUCUCUUGCAAAAGCCCACAAGCUUUGAGGACUGUCGUUGCAAAACCAGUAACGAUGACUAAAGAGUGUGCAGACUGGGUUCGAGGCUCUCCUGGAGAUGAGCAGUAACGUAAUCUUCAUCUUUCCGUGGAUGAUUUUCUUUUCUUUCAGUGGAAGUACAAGAAAAAGAGACGAGAAGACAGUGAACCCUAAUGGAGGAUUCAAGGGCCGAACUAUGACGACUUGAGCUUUGAAGUUCAUGGAUUGGAGCCCUUGUUUGCCGUUUAGUUUGAGAUCUUGAUUUCGUGGGAUUGUGGAGGUUGUUUGUUCUUUCUUGAUGAUGAUGCAGAGAAUUUCAUUUGGAAGCCAGACUGGGAAGCUUGCUUGGAUCGUGAGUUUUGAGGUAUGCUUGAGUUCGAAUGGGAGUAUAAUGCAUUGUGAUUUACUCAAGCUUUGAGGGAAAAGCUUCUUCAACAGGGAGGGAAUGACGCUAGCCUCCCAGGUGACCCAAAUCACCUUGCUCGAAGCAUAAAGAAUGACGUACCACGUGGGAGCAAGAAGACGGACGAGAACCAAAAUCCCCUAUUUGAUGGAUUUCUAAUAGCACCCCGGGGAUUCGGACAAGAAGGAUUCCCAGGGGAAGAAGGUGCUAUUCCUGGCCAGGGAUAGGGGCUAACGGGUUGUAGAUACCUUGUUGGUUUAGGAUUUCUUUCAUUUUAUGUGUUUGGACGAGUUUGUUGUUUCCCUAGCCUAUAUAAAGUCUUAAACACGAUUUUUAGGGCAGAGAUUGAAGACUUUGAUUAAUUGAAGAAAAAAAAAAUCCUUUUUGUUCAUUGAACUUUUGGCUUGUGAAUUUUGCUCUCGUCGUUGGUGGACUCCAAUCGCGUUGAGCAUGUCUCUGUAUCAAUCAAGUAUUUCCCUUGAUUGUAGUCGAGCUUCUACCCUUGUAUUGAAAGAGCAUUCUCCCAGGUGUGAGCUUGAACUUCAAUACCACCUUAUCCCUAGUUUUUAUUCUUGUUAUUGAUUGUGCGACUUUGAUAACUACAGGUACCGGUUUCGUGUUCGUAUCAUCGAUUUUGAUAUUUUUUGAGCAAAAAACUUUCACAUCAUCUUACUACUGUCAUAUCAUGAAGUGAUUAACUAAUUAUUUUAACUAUUAAAAUAAGUAUCUUAGAAAUUCCUCAAAUUUUAUCGGAAUGUUCGUAUUUUAAAAACAUAACUUAAACUGUUCAUAAGUUAGGAUUAUAAAAUAUGAAAUAGAAAAUUGUAGCCUCCGGGUUGCAGUCCUUUCUGUUAUCGAAGGGGCUAAAAGGCCAUUUUAGCCUUAAACCCCCAAUGUUUUGCCCCACGGGUUGCAGUUACUCUGAUAGUUUACAGUGAGUAUAGGUCAAGUUUCCAGACGCAUCAAUGCAAUUUUGAUGAUUACCCAUAACAAAAAAUUCGCACUACUCUGGGAUCUGUGACUGGUUGUAAAAAAAAAAAAAAAAAAUUUAACAAGGCACCCCUCUUUGUAGCCCUCCCUUGCCAGUUGAGUGUGCCUCUUUUGGGUGUUAGGUGUUAUGUGAUUUACGGAAUAUAUUUGUACCAUAUUUGUUCCCUAUAUAUUUCCCCUAUAUUAUUAAUUAUCCUCAUGAAAAUUGUCUAAGUCUUAACAAUAGUGUAAGAGGUAUUUCUAUGUUAUUAUAUUCAUAGUCGAUUCAUAAGAGCUUUUACCUUUAUAAAAUAGAUAUCAAGAUCUUUCAUCAGUCUACAUUUAUGAUCAUUGACCUAAUAUGAUUAGUUUUUAGCCAAGUAGAGCAUAAAGCUCUAGUAAUUGAGAGACUGGAUAUGAGUUGAGUUAUAUUUUCAUGUGGCUACAACUAAGAUUUGGUGACCUUAUGUUAACAUAAAUAGAAAAAAAUUCAAUGAAUCAAACCCAAAAAAUCACAAAACUAGAACCAUAUACAACUAGAGGAGGAGAUACAAAAGCCAUAAGGCGCCACGACCCCCUGAGAAUUUAAAAAAUAAACUAACCUAUAAAUUCUUGUUUUGUUUCAAAAUCACAUUAAUAUAAAUAUAUGAAACGGGCAUGACAAUUGAUGACACAGAUUGCCGAUAUUCCAACGGUCCCUUUGAUCAUUCUUCUUAUAGCAAACCUACCCUAUACCGAAUUACACGAGACAAAAAUUGAAUUGAGUGUUUCAAUACCAUAUAUAAAAAAAUCAAUUUAGGGUUUGAACAAAAGUUAAUUUUUUUCUAAAAUAAUUCCAAGAUAAUAGUACAAUAGACAAAAUAACUCCAAAGAGUGGAAGAACAUUCGACAGCACCUACGGCCAAAUUAUUUAUUUAAGUUAGGGGUUUAGUUUUAGCAUAUACUGAAAAUAAAAAUAAAAAUAUAUUAAUAUUUGUUGCUUAUCAACAAGUGUUAUGUUGUGUAUAUGUUUCUUUUUUUUUUUUAACGGUCCUGUUAGCUCCAAAGUUUGGAGUCUAUAUUGGUGCCAAUGUAAUAAAACUGAAUUAAGCAACUAUGCGCCAAUAUAGGUUUCUUUCUGAUUGUUCUCACCGUUAUUAUUUUUUAAUAUUAUUUACAUUCCCUCCCCAUUGCUGGUAUCGUUCCACGUAAAUAAUACAACAAUUAAUUUGUAUUUUUCCGUGGACAUUUUACUUUAUAUUGUUAUUAUUUUCAUACGUUAAAAAAAAUAUAUAUACGCGGAUGGACAGGCAUUUUGUUUGUUUGUUUGUUACUCUCUUCUCCGCCAACUGGAUGCAAUGCAGACCAAUUCCUUGAUGGAUCUUUUUCUGUCUUCACUCGUAAAAAUGGACGUCUGGGCUGGGCUUUUUGGACCGUCUCUGCUUCUGUCUGGUGUGAUGAUUUUGCUUUCCCCCCCUUGAUAUCAACUGCUCCAAUCUGGGCGUGCCACAUGGAUUUUGCAAUCGUUAAGAGUAAAUCUCUGUUUUUCACGAGCAAUUUGAACGAAGAUUGAUGAAGACAAAUCGGUCUAAUUUCCGGUCGGGUGAACAAAUGUUAAAAAAAGGGUUAAUAGCCUUUUGCAGCUCUUUACUAUUUAAAAAUUAACAAACGUAUCAUCCUACUAAUUAUUUGUAAGAACAUACUCUUUUAGUAUUAAAACGUAAUGAAUAUAUAUCCUUCCGUCUAAUUUUCUGUUAAUUAGCCGUUUAAUGAACUAUAAAUUGACUCAAUUGCC